UAUUACUGUAUUUUUGGACAAAUAAAUGCAGCCUUGAUGCAUACAUAAGGCACUUCUUUCAAAAGCAUGAAAAAAUCUUAAUUAUUUUAAACUUUUGAUUGGCAGUGUAAGUAUUUAUAUAAUUUGACACCUAAUUCAGGUCUUAGGGUCUCCACUAAUGAGCUGACUAUAUAUAUAUAAAACAGAUAUAUGUAUAAUAUAUAAUGUAUAAUAAAUAAGGAAAACAUCCAAAAUGUGCAGCACAGGGGCCUCCAGGAUCAGGAUUGAGAACCACUGCAGAAACUGUAUAUCUGUAAACCUGAAUGGAUAAAAUGAUUGACUGGCAGAAAGCAUUUGUGGCUAAAGCGUGGGCCGAUCCUCUUUUCAGAGCCUAGGGCUGUCCCAGAGACAGGUGUGAUCUGUUAUGACACUUAUUUCAGUGAUAUCUGUCAGAUUUUAUGUGCGCUUUACAUUUAGGUAUGCAAAAGAUUUUUAUUUUAGAAAAUGUAUUUGAUUUUUUUUGGUGCCAAUAAUUUAAUAAGGAUAUUUUAUGAUAUAAUGACUUUGUUAAAUUGAGAAUUUGUUAAAUAAUUAGUGACUGCCGUUUUGUUUAACACAAUAUAUGGGUAUAUAUGUCAUUUAUAGGUCAGCUGAAUAUUUUCCUUUAGCUUUAUUUUGCUUUGUUUAGAGAUUUGUAAAUUAAAACACCGAUAUUUGUCACAAAAACCUAUAUUUUCCCGUUUUCAAAGUGUAAUUGCGCAAGAAGCUCACCAUUUUACAUAUUAAUAAAACAAAUCCCUUCAUAACACUCGUGGACUUUAUUUACACCGGAAGUAGCUUGCCAGUGUGGUGAUCACGUGACAGACGCUCUCCCUAGAGAGCACUUCCGGUAACGUUUCCUGUGUUUGUAAACUGAAAAAAUUGUCCGACAAGAAAAUAUUGGGCUACUGUAAAAGAAGAAGAGUAAGGCUUGGGCCCCUGAUGAUUGGGGCUUGUGUGGUCUCUAAACAUUCUCCCUGCCCAGAGCGAAGCUCUCUGUACCCCAACACACACACACACACUCUCACCACAGCGAUGUCACACCUUUCCAACAGCUCAGUGCGAGAUCACAUGAAGUGGGCUGGGUUGCUGGGCUGUGAAGCGGUGCUGUCCAGCAUGGCACUCAUGCAGGCCGGCUCCAUGUCCAGCCAUAAGAAGAUGGGCUCUCAUCUGGGCCAGGGACAGAGAGAAAACAAUCACAGCCACAAUCACAGCCAGAACCACAACCAGGACUCCCACAGCCAACACGGACACAUGGUGCUGCCCUCAGGAGUCAGCUGCCCACCACUUCUCAUCCGCAAGGACGGAGAGUUUCACUCAUCCAGGCUCCUGGAUGAAAAAAACAUGCAGGCCAGACAGAACUUGCAGCCAAAGAAGAAGAACAGGAAGUCUGGACUUCCCACCAAAAUGAGAGAAAAGCCCCAGGUGGAGAUUCCUGAGGUUAAUGACGAUAACUCACUCGGCUCUCAAGUGCAGAAGAAUUUCAUAUGUGAGCACUGCUACAGUGCUUUCCGCAGUAGUUACCAUCUCAAACGGCACAUUCUCACCCAUACGGGGGAAAAGCCAUUCGGCUGUGAUAUGUGUGACAUGAGGUUUAUUCAGCGCUACCACCUGGAGAGACAUAAGCGUGUUCACAGCGGUGAGAAGCCUUAUCAGUGUGACCGCUGCCAACAGAACUUUUCCAGAACUGACCGGUUACUACGGCAUCGACGUUUGUGUGCCGUGGGCAUCCCUAAAGAGGAGAACCAGCCGUGCUGUGAGGGACGGCCAUACUCUCAGGACCCCUCCCAGCACACGGCGUCCUGGAGCCCACUGCAGACAAACAACAGCAGGCUGGCAGUGUGACAGCCUUCCGAUCGCUCGUACAAACCUCUUUCCAGCAAACACAAUGGACUCGCUGCGGCCAACACGACCUGAACGGGGUUUGAACCUGUAAACUGUUUAAAGACUAUAAUGCGUCCAGCUCUGAUCCAAGCGGCUCAACCCCAGUGGACUCUUUAAUACUGGUUAGACUCUGGGAAAUAGCAUAUUUUGUAUUUUAGAUGGUACUAUGAUCAGCAGGCGGGUUAGUUGUGCAUUCAGUCCAGGCAAUAAUGACUUCUGGUAGUUUAGAAUCACUUCCUUUUGUAGUUCCCUCGGAGGACUGUAGAUUGUUGGGAUUCCCAGUGUUACAGUAUUAACCCGUGAACAACUUGAGCCGUAGCACGUGGCUUUUUCAAUCGGAGAAGUUAGCCGUAGUGACCGUAGACACAUUCUGAUAGGAUACGUUUUCUCAGUGUGCACAUCAAUUAAUCAUUUCCUGUUCACUUUAAAUACUGUGAUAACGGCUCGUGACCGUUUCACACAGACUUUUUAAGGUUUUAGCAGAAACAUCUGGAGCAUCGUCCAUCCUGCAUCCACAGGAGAGCUCGUUUUUUGUGGGCUACAUUAUGGUGUCAAGCGUUUGAAGUUGGCCUUUCGGUCAACAUGAACACUGACUUUUCUUUGGGUAUUAGAGAAUGAAUGACAGAUUUCGUCACAGUACGAUGUGACUCAUGCGGUAAGUCUGCUCGCAUCUCAGUUUCUCUUCUGAAGUCACUGGAUUGACUAAGCCGAGCCAAGAAUAACAAAGAAAACCUUUUUAACAGGUUGUAUAGUUCAUAGAGAGACAGAUGUUUAUAUAAAAACCGCUAGUUUUUCGCAGAGGUCUCGUUAUGCGUUUCAUAUUACGUCAACCUCGGCCCUGAACACGGACUUCUGACGCAGUUGAGCUUGAGUUAAUAUAUUUUUUCAGCAUUUUAAAUAAUUUAAUUAGAAACCGUAGUAGUAUUAGACAGCAGUUUCACUGUAUUUUUUUACCUGUACAUUUGCAUGAUCCUAUCAUUAAGUGCACACCGUAAGAAGUUCUUGUAUUGUGAUUGUUUAAAAGAAUGAAAAACACUUGUUUUUGUAACAACAUCAUUUUGAUUCAUUUGUUUGGUAUUUUUUUUACCAAUCUCAAACACAAAGUCUAUUCUUAUCCUGUUAGACACCUUUUAGUGAGUUAAGCUCUAAAACUGACAAUAAAUUUUCUUUUCUUAAAAAAAAA